GCGGCGGCGAAGGCGGCGGCGGCGGCGGCGGCGGCGGGGGGAAGAUGGCGGCGCCCGUCCUGCUGAGAGUGUCGGUGCCGCGGUGGGAGCGGGUGGCCCGGUACGCAGUGUGCGCCGCCGGGAUCCUGCUCUCCAUCUACGCCUACCACGUGGAGCGGGAGAAGGAGCGGGACCCCGAGCACCGGGCCCUCUGCGACCUGGGGCCCUGGGUGAAGUGCUCCGCCGCCCUGGCCUCCAGAUGGGGUCGAGGAUUUGGUCUUUUGGGUUCCAUUUUUGGAAAGGAUGGUGUAUUAAACCAGCCAAACAGUGUCUUUGGACUUAUAUUUUAUAUACUACAGUUAUUACUUGGCAUGACAGCAAGUGCAGUUGCAGCUUUAAUCCUCAUGACAUCCUCCAUCGUGUCCGUGGUAGGCUCCUUGUAUCUGGCCUACAUUCUGUACUUUGUGCUGAAGGAGUUUUGCAUCAUAUGCGUCAUCACAUACGUGCUGAACUUCAUUCUUCUUAUCAUCAACUAUAAACGACUAGUUUACUUGAACGAGGCCUGGAAACGGCAGCUGCAGCCCAAGCAGGACUAACAAACGGAUGAACUCUGGACAGUCGGAAGUCCCCUUUGCCAUUAAGUUUAUUUUGCAGCAGUUUUUUUGUUUUGUUUUGUUUUGUUUUGAUUCUUCACAACAGACACUUUCCCCAAGAAUCUUAAACUGAUUUUUUAAAAUCCUGUAAAUUAGAAGGGGCCCUAGCUAUUUUCUGUGUCAAUCUUUCAUUUUCAAUAUGGAUACAAAAAAAAAAAAAAAAGGAGCUGCCGAGCCAAUCAAAGACAAGCUUUAACUUUACUUUGAAGAUGUUUCUGAGAUAAUGAAACGUAGCCCUAGCCCCCUGCCCAUGAUUGUCAAGUGAGCAACCAUUGCUAGUAAUUCUCCAAUGUGUAUAAAUUCAAUUUCAGGUAUAACAAAUGUGAUCAUGACAUGAAAAUAUUUUAGAAUAGAUACUGUAUUAAAUAUUGCCAUGUUUACAAUAUGUAAUAUGUUUUUAGCUGAUGGAUUGAAACAUGUAGAUUCCACUAGAAUCCAUCUAUGUAACGUUUGUAAAUAAAAGAAACAUUGGAUCCAUCCUGCAGAACUUACUGGACAGCUUAGCCGAAGUGUAGCAGUGAAGAAUUGGCAGCCCGACGUUGACUGAAGAAAGAGGGACAAUAGUUAAGUCCAUACAGAGCAUCUUGAGAAAAGUACUGACCACUGUGGGUCCGGCACUGACGGCAAAAAUAGGGUAGUCGGUUCCCGUUCGUCUCCUUCCUCCAAAGGGAAGAAACUAAAUUUGAACGUUCAAGUCAGAAAACUGGAUCAGUUAGGACCUUAAAAGUAAGUCAUGUGAGCAGACCUUCACAUCCAAGGCCUUCAGGACACUAAAGUUGGGGAAAUGGGGUAGAUUUCUUUGGAGAAAAGCUGGAAAUAUUAAUAUGGCAUUUUUAGAUAGUUUCUUACAGUAGCUGAAUUUUCAUGCAGAUCUCUUUCCUUAACAUUGGUGCCAGUUGACCAGACAGUAUUGACCUUGAAAUAACCAGUAUAAGCCCAGUUGCUCCGGAGUAGGAUUGCUCUUGGGUACCUCCGUAGUAUUUCCUCCUGUUUCAUUCUGCACUAAUUGGAUGUCUAGUUUAAUUGUUUUAGAGUCAAUAUUACAGUUGUAAAUUUUAGGGCUGACAUGCUGCUCUGUUUGUUCCGUCGGGAGUAGUGCAGGUAGAAAUAGCUGAAGGCGAAGUACACAAGUGGUGUCACUGCUCUUCCUGGUAACUACGCAAAUGCCUCGGUUUUAAAGGUGAUGUGAAUAAACCCAAAUGAAAUUGUGACAAUAUGUUUCUCUGGUUAACACCUUAUAUCAGAAUGUUAAAAGUGCCUUCUGUCUUAAAUCUCAAACCAAAUAUUUUGUGUGUUGAACUUGGGCAGAAGUGUCCUUCCUUCCUCUUACCAUGACGUAGAAAACUUGCAUUAUUCUCUAGAAAGGUUCUGUAUGAUCAUUUUAUUCCUUAGAUUGAAAAGUAGUAGCAAUGUUUUUGCUUCCAAUUAAUCAUUAUGUUAAAAAUAGACUGGUAACCUUCACGUACUUUAACAAGCCGCCUUUUUUUGAAGGGAGGGGACAGGCUCUGCUCUGUAAACCCUAAUGAGUAAAGUCAGCAACUGUUCAGCAGUUUCCAACUAACUGUCCUAAUUGAAGCAAUGUAUUUUUCUGGCCCAAGGCAGGUAGAAAAUCAGAAUUGUAAUGAACUUUCACCCGGUUUUAACCAGUUUUGUAAAAGCUGAAUUCGGAUUUCAAGGCUUCUGUUUUCCCAUGAAUGUGAAUAUUUCGAUGCCUGUCUUAUGAUGUAUGUAUUGUUGUUGUUGCUGUAGUUAGAGAACUCCAGAAAGCACUGGACUGGAUGUCUGGUGUUCAUGGAGAAACAAAUCCUGCUGUUGCAGGGCUUGUGCACUGAGGUCAUCUUGUGGCAGUGCUUUCAGUUCUACCCAGCAGCUUCCUGGUUCUUUCUUCUAAGCUAGAGUGGAAAUGGUUAACCGUGAAGACUUCUGUGGUAUAUAUAACACUGGUUGUGCUAAAUAAGUUCCUUGUGUCCCAAUUUAAAAUGGUUUUUCAUCCUAUUUUGUAUCAAUCAGCAAAGUAUAGUUAAAGCUUGUCUUGAUGCUGUGUUCUUGCGAAUGUCUUCAACUCUUACAUGGUCAAACAUAAAAAUGUCCUGCCAGACCCUUCAAGGUUUUCCUUUGCUUUCCUAAUAAGCCUUGGGGAAAACACCACUGUUUCAGUUGUACAAAAUAUUUGCCAUGUUCCUGUAACCCCAGUAGAAUUAAUGGGUUUUUUUUUUCCUCACUGAGCAAUGAAAGUGUGCUGCCUGAAAUAACAGCAUUUUAACGCCUGUAUCUCGGUAAGCAGCAGGACCCUGGUGGAAGAAUUUAGGCUCCCCUCUACAUCCUCUCUUCCACCUCAAGAAGGAGACCAUGCUGUAAGAUUGUUCAGAUUGUUAUGACUUUUAGAUUCCAUAUUUAAAACACUGCAACAUUGCUAGCCACCAACAUUGAAGAACAAAUUAGCGGGGAGAAGGAGUCAGAUCUUUGGGUUUUGCAGUAAUUCUACUCUUCUUGUAACAAAUGAAGCCCCUUAUUUACUUGGUAGUCCUAUCAUUUGAAGAAAUUGGAGAAGCUGUCAUUAGAUGACAAAUUCUAGGGAAACUAGGUGGUUUAGAGAAUUCAGUUUUUUGUUGCAGCUAGGUGCUUUCUGCGAAGGUAAACUGGUGAAAUAACUCAGGUUUAACUAGCUGCGUGCCAGGAAAUUACUUCUACUUGAUGUCCGUCGCCUCUCAUUAAAUCCGUUACUUUUAAAGAUGUUGAAAAACAUUGACUAUGUUCAUACAAAGAUCUGUCAUUUGGUGCAAGAGAUCUUUGGACCCUACUCAGUAGGCUAUAGGACCAAGACUCCAGAGAAAUUAAAACUAUUUGUUGGCUUUAGUUUGCUUGUACUUCAUUCAUAAGAUUAUCAGCAAACAUGCAAAGCUAUCUUCAGCAACUACUUCGUAACAGAUUGGAACCAGCACAGACAUGAGCGAAAGCUGGCAAAUCUUGUCUCGAAAAUUCGUGUUAGACAAAUGCCAACAAGAAAUCCACUGUCAUUUUUGGAAACCUAUUUUAAAGGAAUACCUAACAUGCAACCUUUGUCCUGGUAUUUUCCCCCAACACACAAGCAUUGGUGGAACAUCUCUAUUCAGCAGCACUUCCGAUUCCUGAUCUGUGAGAACCACCCUUCAAUCAAACAAAAGGGGCAGGGGUGGGAAUCCAGGCUACUCGGUUAAUUUCUUUCUUUUUUUUUUUUUAUAAACUAGCCCAGAAAACGUGAAAUGUUUUAUAUAAAACUGUAUUAAGCAUGGCCUAAGUAUUAGGUGUAUGAUCUGUAUAGUAUGUUCCAUCAAAAAAUAUUUAUUACUAGUGCUUUAAGCUCCAGAGUAAACAUUCUUUAAAGUGGAGUUCACUGGGCAGACUUCCCCCUUUAAUAUAGAUAGAAUUAUUCUUUAUCAGAGAUUUAGGACACAGUUUUGCUAACUGGUAAAAACAAAUGUAAAUAUGUAAGAAUGUUUAUUUGUUGCACAUAACUUUUUUGGUAUAAAAUAAAUGUAGACGUUACCUGUGGAA